UAGUCCCGGCUUUUGUCUCAUAUUUUAAAAAUAAAAAUAAAAAUAAAUAAAAAUUUGAUCAACCGCUAUGCAAUAUUCCUUCUUUGAAAAUAAUAUUUUUUCUCUCUUUAAAUGGUAAAAACUUUGAAAUCGCAAGUAAGAAAAUAAGUAUUUCUUGUCUUUUGUUAUUUUCACGUCUCUUUUUUUUUAUUGAGGACGUUAUUAACGCUUUCUUUUUUUAGGAAUACCUUGAAUUUCGGUAUAGACUUUGAAAUCAUAAGGUGGGUUUCUUUAUUUUUUUAUCUUUUUUUUGUUUGAAAAUAUUAUUAGAUCUUUCUCACUCUCUUUUUUCGGAACACCUUGAGCUUUGGUAUAGACUUUAAAAUCAUGAGUAGAAAGGUGAGUUUCUUGAUUUUUUAUUAUUUUUGCGUCUUUUUUUUGUUUAAUAAUGUUACUAAAGUUUUUUCUCUCUUUUUUUUUAGGAAUGGUAUGGAUUUUGAAAUAAUGGUGAGUUUCUUGUUAUUUUGGUGUCUUUUUUUUAUUUGAGAGUACUAUCAGUGUUUUCUUUCUUUCUUUCCCUUUUUUUAGGAAUAUCACAGGUCUUGAUAUGGGCUUUGAAAUCAUAAGAAGGCGAAUUUCUUGGUUUUUUUAUUAUUUUGGUGGAUUUUUUUUUAUUAAGAUCGCUAUUAACGUUCUCUCUUUUUCUUUUUUAGGUUUACCUGGACUUCAGUAUGGGUUUUAAAAUCGCAAAUAUUAUUAUUUUGGUGUCUUUUUAUUUGAGAACACUUUUUUAAAA